AUCUCAGCCUGUUUUGGUUUGGUUAAUAUUUCCCUUACCUUUUAGUGCUUGUCAGAAAGGCCAGAAGAAAAGGGCCGUGCUUGAUUGUAGACUGUGAUGGGUCUUGCUUCUUGAAAAGUUGGAGCAAAUCUCCGACCCCACUUUUCCAAAUCUGUGUUUCUUUUUAAAACAAUAACGCUUUUCUUGUUAUGUUUAAGGUUGAAGUUGGAACCUAAAAAGCAGGCAAAAAUAUGAAUGGAAAUGAAGUUGUAUAGAUAUGGAAACGGAUGAGAGACAAAUGAGGCCUGUUACUCUCCUGUGAAUACUCAAUUUCUUCCACUUCUCUUUUGUCCUUUCUUAGACCAAAUCCAUGCUUCCUUAGGUCUCUCGUCUCUGGUUCUGUCGUCAACUUCACUCCAUUUUUGGUCCGAAAAAUUUUGAAGAAGAAAUAAAACCCACCAUGAUAUAUAGCACGUAAACACAUGUUAUCCAGUCCCCCUACUUCUUUUUAAGUUUCUUUUUUCAAAAAUCACAACAGUCAUCAAUUCCUGUAAUGGUGGAGAUCUUAUACUUGGCUCUUUCUCGAUUAAGUGUCUGAAAGUCCCAACAGAACCAGAUCAUCUUCUUCAGCUUGUCAUGAGAUAAUCCCAGUAGAUCGUGAUGGCCAAAGAGUACAGUGGAUCGCCAAAGCAUCAUCAGCUAGAAACAAAGGGGAAGCGUCUCACUUGGAUUCUAGGGGUUAGUGGCCUCUGCAUAUUGUUUUAUGUGUUGGGAGCUUGGCAGAAUACUUCUACUCCCACUUCUCGAUCUGAUGUAUACACUAGAGUUGGUUGUGAUACUAAUGCCACUACAUCAGAGAAGGGCAAUGCUGCAGUUAAUCCAUCAUCAACCAACUUGGACUUUGCAAGCCAUCAUCAAGUUGAGCUCGACAGUUCUAAAACAGUCAGUCAGUUCCCGCCGUGUGAUAUGUCAUUCAGCGAGUACACUCCCUGCCAAGAUAAAGUGAGGGGAAGGAAAUUUGAUCGUAACAUGAUGAAAUAUAGAGAGCGGCAUUGUCCCACGAAGGAAGAACUCCUUCUCUGUCUUAUUCCUGCUCCACCAAAAUAUAAGACCCCUUUUAAAUGGCCUCAAAGCCGAGAUUAUGCCUGGUAUGACAACAUCCCUCAUAGAGAACUUAGCAUUGAAAAGGCAAUUCAGAAUUGGAUUCAAGUGGAGGGUGAUCGUUUCAGAUUCCUUGGGGGAGGCACCAUGUUCCCUAGGGGAGCUGAUGCAUAUAUCGAUGAUAUUGGCAAGCUCAUUCCCCUUACCGAUGGAACCAUCAGAACAGCAGUUGAUACUGGCUGUGGGGUUGCAAGUUUCAGUGCCUACCUCUUGAAGAGGAAUGUCUUGACAAUGUCUUUUGCUCCAAGAGAUACACAUGAAGCACAGGUCCAGUUUGCGCUGGAACGUGGAGUUCCUGCAAUGAUUGGAAUUAUGGGUUCACAGAGGCUUCCUUACCCAGCAAGGGCUUUUGACUUGGCUCAUUGUUCUCGCUGUUUGAUCCCUUGGCAAAACUAUGAUGGUUUGUAUCUCACCGAAGUGGAUCGGAUUCUAAGGCCUGGUGGUUAUUGGGUUCUCUCUGGUCCACCUAUUCACUGGAAGAAGUACUGGAGAGGCUGGGAAAGGACACAGGAGGACUUGAAACAAGAGCAAGAUGCUAUUGAAGAUGUUGCCAAACGACUAUGCUGGAAGAAAGUGAUUGAACAGAAUGAUCUAUCAGUUUGGCAAAAGCCCAUCAACCACGUUGAGUGUAUUGAAAGUAAGAAGGUCUUGAAAACACCACACAUAUGCAAAUCAGAUGAUCCAGACACAGCUUGGUACAGAAAUUUGGAAGCUUGCAUAACCCCACUUCCAGAAGUAAACAGCUCAGAUGAUGUUGCUGGUGGCGCAAUAGAAAAAUGGUCAGAGCGUGCGUUUGCUGUUCCACCAAGAAUUAGCAGUGGCUCAAUACCAGGCGUCAGUGCUGAGAAAUUUAAAGAGGAUAAUGAACUUUGGAAGGAAAGAGUAGCACAUUACAAACGGAUUAUUAGUCCCCUAUCCACUGGACGGUAUCGGAAUAUUUUGGACAUGAAUGCUUACCUUGGGGGAUUUGCAGCGGCAGUCUUAAAGUAUCCAGUGUGGGUCAUGAAUGUGGUCCCUGCAAAUUCUGAUCAUAACACUUUGGGAGUUAUUUAUGAACGUGGUUUAAUUGGUACGUACCAGGACUGGUGUGAGGCAUUCUCAACAUAUCCAAGAACUUAUGAUCUCAUCCAUGCUAGUGGCUUGUUUAGUAUAUAUCAGGACAGGUGUGACAUCACUUACAUCUUGCUGGAGAUGGAUCGGAUUCUGAGGCCAGAAGGGGCGGUUAUAUUUAGGGACACUGUGGAUUUGCUUGUGAAGGUUAAGAGUAUAACAGAUGGAAUGAGAUGGAAGAGUCAGAUCAUGGACCAUGAAAGCGGACCCUUCAAUCCAGAGAAAAUUCUUGUUUCUGUCAAAACAUACUGGACUGGUGAAGCUACACCAAAACAACUCUAGUAGAGAUUUAUACUGUAUCUCUCUCUCUCUCUCUCUCUCUCUCUCUCUCUUUGCACUUUCCUUUUGUAAUUUUUAUCUUGGGAAAUAGUCAAGGUCAUUGAGAUUUCACCCAAGAUAGUUUUUCCUUUUCAAAGAUUAAAAGGGUAGGUUUAAUUCACAUGAUCAUGUAUUCUAUUGACUUACUGUAAAUGUAAGUAUUUUACGCCAAUUCCUCUGUUACUGUCACUGCUUUGAUGGUAGUAGGAUUAGCUAAAUAGAAAUGCUUAGUCUGCAUUAACUGAAAAGUAAGCUCUUGCCUCCGCAGUUGUUGAAUUAAUUAUCAUGUAUAUAUUUCAAGAUGAUAAGGUAAUACAACGGUAGGGACAGAAGAUAAACCCUUCUUCUUCGAUAGCCAGAUAUUAAGGCACCACAAUUGCUAUAAUGGUGUGCCUUUGGAAUGGUGGUUGAACUUGAAUGUUAGUUGGACUUUCCAGUUUCCACAGUGCACUGUAGGAUAUGUGAUUGUUGUGUUGCAGAUGAUUUCUUUCCUUGUUUAUUUCAAUUUCAACCAAGGGGAGAAUUGAACGUCUCUCAGCAAGUCAAAGCAAGCCAACAAACUUGAAUAACAUUGUUCUUAUCUUUCACAAUUACUUGUACUGGGUGCAUUUAUCCUUCCAAUUCCAAACAUUUAAAUAAAUGAUGCUCAAAUGUCAAAAUCCGUCAUGUAAAGCCUUUUUUCCUCCUUUAACAUACGGAAGAAGAAAGGGUCGUAUAUGGUAUUGACGAAUAUUCAGGCAUGUUGAGUGGGGUCAAAGUUUCAGUCAUACACGUGGGGUAGCUUGGUUCCCAGGAGUUGGAUAUGUGAUUGUUGUACGGCUACGAGAGAGAGGUCCUCUGGGCUAUUGGCUUGGUUGUGGCCAAGCAUUUAUAAACGAAAGCUUUGCUUGUUCGGUAGUUGCUUUGGAAAACACCAGCAAAGGGUGGGAUCACUGCUCCAAUGAACAACUCACAGUUAUUACCAUUUCCCUGCAUCAGGGAAUGAAAGGUAAAACUAAACAAGAAGAAAAUAUUAUUUUUUCUUAAUAUAAGCGAUGAAACCGAAGUGUAGGAGUUAGGCCCCCUAACACCCAGAGCAGUAAGGUUGCCGUCUGCCUAUGAAGUACAACCAAUUCCGUAGACCAUUGGUGGGGGAAUUCAGGCUAAGGUUGCUGCCAUUGCUGUGUGGUAUUAUUUCUAUUGACUUUUUUUUUGGGGAUUUAAAUAAAAAGAAUAAUUCCUGUUGCGUGGGAGUUUGGGACAAAGAGUAAAGUGGGGAGGCUUCAAGUCUACGAAAUAAAGGAAGAACCCUUGCCUUUCCCUCUUUCUCCCAGAAGGUUAUGUUUCCAAAAGGACUCCGAAAGCACAUCCUCCCUUCGUUCAACCUUUGAACUAUAAAUAUUUGUUUCCAUUUUUCUUUUAUUAUUCCGCAGAAAAAAAACUAUAGAAGUCAAACAGAAAAACUAAAGUUGAGAUAUCAUAUCAAAGCAUAGAAUAUUUAGCACCCAACAAUCGUUCAUACUUUAUUAGAAAUCACGGAUAAAGGAGAGAGAAAUCU